AUGUCGGUGGUGCGGCUACCACCGCUGCGCGCCCUAGACGACUUUGUUUUGGGGUCUGCGCGUCUGGCGGCUCCUGAUCCAGGCGAUCCACAACGAUGGUGUCACCGCGUCAUCAACAAUCUUCUCUACUACCAAACUAAUUACCUUCUCUGCUUCGGCAUCAGUCUCGCUGUGGCCGGGUACAUUCGUCCACUGCACACCCUCCUGAGUGCACUGGUAGUGGUGGUGGCCCUCGGUGUGCUAGUGUGGGCUGCUGAAACCCGUGCAGCUGUGCGCCGCUGCCGUCGCAGCCACCCUGCUGCCUGCCUGGCUGCAGUGCUUACCAUAAGCCUCCUCAUUGUCGGGGCCGCGGGCGGCGCUUUCACCUUCCUGCUCUGCAUCACAACCCCGGUGCUUUUGAUCCUGCUGCAUGCUUCACUGCGCCUGAGAAACCUUAAAAACAAGAUUGAGAACAAGAUCGAGAGCAUUGGUCUAAAGCGGACGCCAAUGGGGCUGCUCCUAGAGGCACUGGGACAAGAGCAGGAAGCUGGAUCCUAGGACCCUGGCAUCUACAUCCUGGAUCUAGACGGCCCCCCACCCCAUACCCAAUAUGGACCCUUUUCUCAGCCAUUAAAAUAGGAGCCUAGAGCCCUCUGGCCUGCAAAAAAUAAAAGACACCUGUGACUGCUUACUCCAACCCUAAACUAGUCAUCUCUUAC